CUGGAAAGCGCAUCUCCGAGGCGUGGAGGAGAGGCGUGUCCCGGAUAUGGAGAAAAAAGGCACCCCGUCGUCGGGCGUCGCGGCUUGCCCCUUACCCCAGCCGCACCUCCUCUUCGCCUCUCCCCUUACUCCACCUUUCAACCCCUUCCCCCUCUGCCGCAUUCGACGCGCAGCCUCUCCCACAACAUGGCCACCCGUUACCUGUGGGGCUCCCCCUUCGCCCGUCGGUCGACCGUCGCCUCCGGCAUCCUGGCCAUCGUCUCUCUGACCCUGUACAAUGUGACGGUCCCCGAGGAGGACGAGCUUCUGGAGCGCAUGAGCCCGGACCUUCGCCAGCGGGCCUUCGACGCGACGCGCAUGCGCAAUGAGGACCCCUCCGAGACCCAGAGCUCCAAGUUCAUGUCCGUCCUACAGGACGCCGCUCAGCCCAACAGCGUGCCCGUGUGGCACCAGAAGCCCGACCCCAAGGACCAGGACAUCGGGCGGCUGUGAGCGCAAAAGCAGAGCACCUCUCGCAAUCACAUCGGCCCAGGGGUGCACGCCAUCCUCCCCCUCCGGUCUCCCUGCGGCGUAUAUGUGCGCCUGCUUCUCUGUGUGGUGCUCCAAUAGAGAAUAAAACGCCCCUUGGGGCCGGGGGAAUAAGAUA